GCCGGCCUCGAGCCCCGCCUCCAUGUCCCAGCCACACUUCCCGGACCCGAGCCCGCCUCCCAGGGGCGGAGCUGCACCUGGUGCGGGCCCCGGGCUUGGCGGGCGUCACGGAGCGCCAGGUGCGGAUUCCGCGUCAAGAUGGCUUCUGCCGCACGAGCUGGGUUCUGGUUCCUUCCCACCGGGGGUCCGGUGCUGCGCGUCGCCCUCUGCCUUCUGUGCUGGGGUCCGGCGGCUGUGGGCGCUGUGCCCGAGCUUGGACUCUGGGCAGCGACGGUCAAUGACAAAUCAGGACCUUUGAUAUUCAGGAAAACUAUGUUUAACUCUACUGAGAUCAAGUUUUCUGUUAAGUCAUUCAGUUGUUCCGGGCCUGUGAAGUUUACCAUAGAGUGGCAUUUGGAGUAUCAUACCUGUCACAAUCAAUAUUCUGAGCUGGAAGAACUGUCACGAAAACAUAAACUUAGUGUUGAUGAAGACUUUUGUGGUCAUUAUUUCAAGAACAGAGAAUGUUGGACAACAAAAACCGAAAAGUUAGAUUGCAACAGUGAUUUACAGCUGUUCCCUUCAUUGCAUAAUAAAGAACAAAUAACAAAUACCAGAAAUGUUUCAAACCAGGAAGGGUCAAUGGAUGUUGUAGCCAGAACACAGAGAGAUGGGUUUCAUAUCUUUAUUGUUUCUAUUAAAACAGAAAAAACAGAUGCAGACUGGAAUUUGAAUGUUUCUCUUUCUAUGAUGGGGCCUCAUGGAUAUAUCUCUGCAUCAGAUUGGCCUCUAAUGAUUUUCUACAUGGUGAUGUGUAUUGUUUAUAUUUUGUACGGUGUACUCUGGCUGAUGUGGUCUGCCUGUUAUUGGAAAGAUAUAUUAAGGAUCCAGUUUUGGAUUGCAGCUGUUAUUUUCCUGGGAAUGCUUGAAAAAGCAGUUUUUUAUGCUGAGUACCAAAACAUCAACAGCACGGGGCUAUCAACCCAGGGCUUACUGAUAUUUGCGGAGCUGAUAUCUUCGGUUAAGAGGACACUGGCUCGCCUCCUCGUCAUCAUCGUGAGCUUGGGUUACGGCAUCGUGAAGCCUCGUUUAGGAACCGUCAUGCAUCGGGUCGUCGGACUGGGGCUUCUUUACUUCAUCUUUGCAGCUAUUGAAGGCGUGAUGAGAGUCAUUGGGGGUUCUAACCAUUUAGCUGUUGUUUUGGGUGACAUUAUUUUAGCAGUUAUUGACUCCAUUUUUGUAUGGUUCAUUUUUAUAAGUUUGGCACAAACUAUGAAGACUCUAAGGCUAAGAAAGAACACAGUGAAAUUUUCUUUGUACAGGCACUUUACAAAUACCCUCAUCUUUGCCAUACUGGCAUCUGUAGUGUUUAUGGUGUGGACAACAAAGACAUUUAGAAUUGCAAAAUGUCAAUCAGAUUGGAUGGAACGCUGGGUCGAUGAUGCGUUUUGGAGCUUCCUUUUUUCACUUAUCCUUAUUGUGAUAAUGUUUCUGUGGAGACCAUCGGCAAAUAAUCAGAGAUAUGCCUUCAUGCCCUUAAUAGAUGAUUCCGAUGAUGAAAUUGAAGAAUUCAUGGUAACAUCAGAAAAUUUAACUGAAGGAAUAAAAUUAAGAGUCUCGAAAACGGUUUCCAAUGGAACAGCUAAACUUACUUCUGAUAAUUUUGAUGAAGAUUUGAAGUGGGUGGAGGAAAAUAUUCCCUCUUCAUUCACGGAUGUAGCUCUUCCAGUGUUAGUGGAUUCAGAUGAGGAGCAAGAAAAAUGCUUAUUGGAGUAAAAGGAGGGAAGAAUUAUUUCAUGAGAUUUUGAGCCUAUGAUUUUCUCACAUCCUGUAUGUAGGAAAUUAUGACCAGAUCUGAAAUGGCAGAAAAAAUGUUCUCUUCAGAAAAGAUAAUGUGAUUGGGAUCCAUAUCAAUGAAACCUACAUGACAGUGAAGGAACUUCCUCAAGACUAAAAGAGAACUUGGUUUUGCGAUAGUACAAGUUUUUAUUGUAUUUUCUUGGAAAUCUGUGGAUUGAAAUUAAGAGUUCAGAUGGUGGGAGGGUUCACAACCCUUUUAAAGCUGAACCUUGAAUGUGAGUUUAAUGUCCAUGAAGUUGCCCAGAUUGGCAGUCAUCUGAGAGAGAAGUAUCACAAUAGAGAUAGGUGCCCAGAUGCCCUGAGCUGAAGGGUGGCAGGCAUGUGGAUUUGGGUUCUCUUUGUUUUUUUCCUGGAAAAUAUGACCAUUCCAGAGUAAAAUAAUCUUUGUACAUCAACACUCCUACUGUUCUUCCACUGACCUUUGAAACGGAUGACGUGAGUCUUGUGAAGUGUGGUAAAGCAAUGCCUCCGUCUCUUAGGUUUAUAGUUAUUUUGAGUUUUAUGCUGAAGUGAUUUGAUAACAAGUACAACUCCAUUGACGUUGGAACAUGCGGAUGUUUCUAUGGUUGGUUUUGCUCAGCGUGUGCACACACAAAGCCCUUGUGUGUAAUUAACGCCACGCACGUCAAAUCACGCAUUGGCCUUCUCUGUCUGAACUCCGGGAGCACAGUACCCAGAGGGAGAGGUCACUCCCCAUGGCCUGGCCUCCCAGCGUCCCCUCACUCAGGCCAGAUGCACACAUGAACCCCCCUGGGGCAGGAGGGUCCCCUGGCCACAUGGCUCUGUCACAGCACUUCCUCCCUGCCAAGCUGGGGGGCCCAUCACCAGUGAACCUCGAGGAAACUAGAACCUUCUAUAUAAUCGUAGCAUGUUUGGUUUCAUUACAAAACAUAUAUAACUGCAUAGUACCUUCGUGUUAUAUUUAACUGCAUAGUACCUUACUGUUAAUCUUGUAAUUAAUUUUUAAACCUUAAACCCUGUUUUAUACAUUAUUUUGCUACAUCAGUCUGUGUAAUGUAUGUAAUGUGUGAUUGAAAAUAUAAAAUUUUUUUUAAUGCAGAAUAUUCUAAACUUGAAAAGUAACUGAAUAUAGUAUGAUGAAAAUGGUGACUGUUUUGCUGCUUUCUGACCAAAGAUACAGGGCUAGUGGAUAUUUAGAAUAGGAAUUAAAGUCAGAAUCUUCUGUAUCUUUCUUUGAAGGAGUUCUAACAGCCUGAGUUGAGGAUGACUUCAGAGGUUGUGAUUAAGAAGCAUUAAAGUCUUGGAGUUCCCCUCGUGGCGCAGUGGUUAACGAAUCCGACUAGGAACCAUAGGUUGCGGGUUCGGUCCCUGCCCUUGCUCAGUGGGUUAAGGAUCCGGCGUUGCCGUGAGCUGUGGUGGAGGUCGCAGACGCAGCUCGGAUCCCGCGUUGCUGUGGCUCUGGCGUAGGCCGGCGGCUACAGCUCCGAUUUGACCCCUAGCUUGGGAACCUCCAUAUGCUGCAGGAGCAGCCCAAGAAAUAGCAAAAAGACCAAAAAAAAAAAAAAAGGCAUUAAAGUCUUAACCAGUACAAACAUUUAAAUUAUAACCUUUUUUUUUUUCCAAUGUGAAGCCACAACACAAAAUUAUUUCUUUCAGAAGCCCACCUUUUGAAUUGGUUUCUCAUUUACUCAUUUCAUGGAGGUUAGUAAAAAAGAUUUUAGUAGUAACAUCUCUUAAAAGAUACUUUGAAGUUUAUUUUCAGUAGGGGAUAUCGAAUCGUGUUGUAGUAAGAAAGGCGCGGCUUUCAUGGUGCCGUUGCUGUAGGACACCCUUCCCAAGCAAAGAGUGUCUAAUUCAGUGUGGGUGCCCUUCCUUAUUUCUGCUUAUGCCACAAUAAUGGGCUCCCACCUACUACAUUUCCCAGCAUUUAUGUUCAUUCUGGUUUUGAUGUAUUUUAUCCUCAGCCCAGUUUCAGAGCUGGAGGUGACCCCUGCCUCCCUGUCCCUAACGUUUGUAUCAAAUACCACGCCCCAAGUGUUUUGAAGCAGACUGACUCCUAACUCACAAGGCUGUAGUUGAAUUUUGAAAUGUUGAAUCCUGGGCUUCCAGAUGCAGGUGGUAAUGAUGUGCGAGCAGAGAGGAGACGGUACGUGUAAUAAUAAGGGAGAAUGCCUCCAGCGUAACCUGGACUGUGUUUACGAAGACACUUCUUUGUGCAGCUGGCAAGAUAAAUGCUGCUCCCUAUACACUCAGGUACACACUGAAAUGCAGGCUUUUCUCAUCAUCACAGAAAGCAGUAUUCUCUCCUGAUAGCCUUGUCAGAAGUGCUUUUCAAAGGGCAUAUGCCGUGCCUGUCACAUUCAGUGACGACAGUGGUGUCUGUUGGUGACUCAGGACCUGACUGAGUGUUCCUACCGAGGGCCUGCCUGGCCCCUCAUAUAUGCAGGAGGGGCACCCUCGGCCAGAGCUGUAGUUCUGAUGGGAGAAGCAGCACUCAGGGCCGCUGUACAGCUCAACCCCCGGCUUCUGCACGAGGUUUCCAGAAAUGGGUAAUCGAGGUCUUUGAGGCUAUGCCAUCCAUCAAUUUAUUCUUAAGAUGCCAUCAAGAUGGGUCUUCCUACCAAUGAAUGGGUCUGAGGGUAAGAGUCCAGUUGUAUGUAUUUCCAAGCAAAACACUUAAGUGUUCUUGUUAUGCAAUUGAUGUUCAGUUUAUGUGGUGUAUGAAAUUUGCUUAAAAGGGAAUCUUCAUGAUUUGAGUUGGUGUCUGUUUUAAAGGAUAUUUAAGUUUAUUUUGAAAAGAAGGAAAAAUGGAUGAAUAUGUGAAUUUUUUAAGCCCAAGAGACAAGAUAGUCCCACACUUUUCCUGUAAAGAAAAUCAUAUUCAAAAUCUUUCAUACAUCCUGUAGAAAGUACUGAUUUCCGCCCCCAAUACCACAUAUUAUAUUUGCACUACUAUAAUGUGAAGACUGAAAGUAUAAAAAAAAGUACAUGUAAGGUUGAUUUUUAUAUCCUUUUUUAAAAAGGGGGUUGAGUCUGUUGCACUAGGCUCUGCAUGACUGUUUAUGAGACCUGUUAUGCUACAUUUAUAAGUCCCUAGUUUGGGUACUUCUGUCUUUAUGGGAUCAACAGCAUGUGAUAAGCAAUACAAAACACUAAGCCUUAUAAGAAAAAUUUUAACAAAUCGAUUAAAGUACUAAACAGAGCAAAUAUAUAUGUGACAAAACUAGAUUUAAGGAAAUGUGCAUUAUAAUACAGGAGCUCAAUAAGAAACUUUAGAUCUAGGAAAACAUGUAUUUGGGGAGAGAGUUUAGGGGCUUAAGAAGUUAUAUAUUUUUUAUUUAAAAAUUAAAUUAUUGUGUAAUUUGGAAGAAGUUGCUUUGAAUGUAGGACAAAAUUAUUUCAAAGAUUUUUGUUUGACAAAAACUAAUGUAUUUUUGUGCCUUAAUAUUUGUUCUGUCUUAAUAAAAUGCUUUCCGAAA